AUGACCCAUUCUACACCUCCUACGACAAACCUGGCCGAUACGAACGUUAUGCCUUCUGCUGCGACUUCUGAGAAGGACGUUGAGCAAUUGACUUUGCGCGGGGACCAAUAUGAUGACUCGACGAAAGAAAAAAUAGAAGAGCCUGCGAACAUUCAAGCGAUUGGGCCGACUGCAUGUCCAAUAGGGCAAGUUGGAGACGACGAGUUUGUUGAAGGUGGGUUUGAAGGGUGGAAAGUGAUCCUUGGGUGUGCCCUUAUUGCAGCACCAACAGUCGGUUGGAAUUUACUCUGGGGUGUUUUCCAGGCCUAUCACUCGAAGUUUCUGCUGAAAGGUACACCGGAUGCGACGCUGAGUGCGGUUGGAUCGGUUCAAAAUGCGCUUAUGACGAGCCUUGCCUUUGUGACCGGAAAAUUAGGUGAUAGAUACGGCUAUAAGCGAUUUAUUGCGUCCGGUUGCAUCAUAGUCUUCUUGGGGCAGUUCUGUGCGUCCUGGUGUCACGAGUUCUGGUCAAUAUUUCUUACCCAGGGUGUGAUGCAAGGUGCUGGAUGCGGACUUCUGCUUCCCAUGAUAUUUGCCAUACCUUCUCAGUGGUUUAGACGACACCGGGGAGUGGCAACGGGAAUUGUGAUUGCUGGAUCCUCUUUGGGCGGGGCGGUUCCCUCGCUUAUAGUACAAGCUAUGCUCGGGCGUCUUGGAUUCCAUAAUACGCUCUUGAUUUAUUCGUUUGUCCAGGGUGUAACUAUGCUUGCCGGUUUCUCCCUCAUCAAGACCCGGUUCCCAGCAUCCCAGCUGCAGAACAAGAAUCGUAAAAUUGCAUGGGUAGACAAGCAGUACUUCAAGGACCCGUCUUUCUGGAGCUUCUGGGCUGCGUUGCUGUUCGCUGUAUUUGGUUAUAUGACACCCUUUGUGUAUAUCUCCGUUUAUGCUCGCGAAAAGAUUCCACAAAUCUCCGAUCAACUAGCCAGCCUGCCUAUUUCUGUCAUGGCGUUUGCUAGCGCAAUCGGCAGAACUACUGUCGGAUUGACGGGCGACCGCAUAGGCUUCGUCAAUGCAUUUAUUAUUGUUAUUUUCAUUAGUUCGUUUUGUCAGGCGGUGCUAUGGAAUGUCGCAGCCGACUCGUAUGCCGGCAUCAUGGUGUUUUCUGUACUCUUCGGAAUGACCGGCCCGUGCUUCAUCAGCCUCGUCACCCCAGUUGCCGUGACGCUAUACGGAACUCAUAACCUUGCGACACUCACGGGUUUGCUUAACAUCUCUAAUAUGCCCGGGAGUUUGACCGGUCCGCCGCUGGGAGGUGUUAUACUGGAGAACUCGGGUCGAAACUGGCAUGCUUUGACAGCAUAUAGUGGCGUGAUCCAGUUCGUGGGAGUGCUGUGCAUGCUUUAUGCUCGGUUCAAGCGGGAGCCACGACUCUUUGCCAGGAUAUAG